GUUCGGCCCAGAUUCAAUCUCUUCUUCCCGCCUGGGACUGGUGACCAGUCCAGCGACCUCCGCAACGAAAGACAAGAGACGAGACGAGAGACGGGCGAUACUACGGGGGUACCCGGCCUAACUGCUAACUGCUCGUUGGACCAGUUUCCUUUGCUGUUCGCCCCCUGUUGGUGCCUCAUAUUUCGCUCACAGCACCAUCCACCACCCACAACUUCGCGGUACCUGACCUACCUGGCCUACCUACCUGGCUUUUACCGACGGAAGAAGAAGAACAAGAAGAAGAAAAAAGAGGGUGAGGUGUGGUGUCCCUCUCUCUCCCUCUCUCUCUCUCUCUCUAUCUUUUCUUACAUCACGUCUCAAUCGACACGAGACCGCUUCUCUCGUCCAUCGUCUGGCCUGCGAAACGGUUGCCUCCUCUCGUUCGCCCACUCCCCACCGACCUCCAACUAUCUGACGGGAUCAGCCAUUGGGGCAGUGUGACAGCGCAAUCACAUAUUACGGACGCGACCAUUGUGUGCGACUCGAGUUUCCUGGCCUGCGAGAGGGAACAAGGCACUCUACUCACUCAGCGUCAGAGACACAAACCAAGCAAAGGCCCCCAAACUGGCUUUUUGUCUGGCACCAUCCUUGAAGAGACAAAAACCUCGGACCUCGUUCACCUACAUACACUACAGAGUACUUCUGUUUUUGCGUGGACUCGCAAGUCGCCCAAGUCUGCCCUGCGCGGCACCGAACAGCCCCAAGCCAACCCCGACUCUGACAUUGCGACUCUCUGACGACUCUCCAGCCCCGGUCUUGUGGCUUGGUUUUCGCUCUCCCCGACUGGCCCACAGUGCCAUUGCUGCCUCUCACUCUCACUUUUUUGUCACUCGCUUCAAAGCAGAGGGCACUGCGGAUAUCGACAGCACUCACCUCACGGUUCUACACGGGCCUGCCUUCCAAGGUCGCACCACCCUCUUCUCGUCUGACGACUGUCCUGGGUGAUCAGCUCCCUGUUUGCCGCGCGACACCGGUUGCCUAGUGUGUCAGUCCUAGGGCCCAUCGAUCUGCCCAACAGCCUUCUCCAACUCGUCCUGCCCAGAGGACUGACUGCCCAAAGACGUCAGUCCUACUACGCCCGCCUGCGCCGCACCCCAGCACAAGACACGGCACACAACCAACACCUCCUACGAGGCGCACCCCGCGACACCCCGGACGGACGACCGGCUAACGUCAAACAACUUCAACUUUACAUCGAGACGCCUUCUCCAACCCUACAACGUCCCUCUGUCUGGCGCAUUACCCCCGACAACCCGUCGACCACAGACCGCACGGCCCGGCGAGCAUUGCUUCGAUCAAACUCGCUACGAACACAUGCGAUCGACCCCCGCCAACAUUCCGCUUAGGUCGACAUAGCAGCCUUUUCGGGAGGCCGACCUGACGGUCUCGUCUCGGCGUCGCUGUCAUCGCCACCAUCAUCAGCCAUCAUCAACAUGUCUUUCCGAGGCGACGGCCAGCGCCGUUACGGCCAUACCCCUCCCGUUCAAUACCCCACACCCGAGCAGUCGCAAGACCAGUCUGCUUACCUCGGCCGACGCCCGAGUUUCAACAACGGCGACGACGCUGCCAUGUUCGACCAGACCCGCGCGCAAUCUCGGGGUCACCAGCCGUCGGGCUCGAGAGGCGAGGAUGAGCUCUUCUUGACGAGCCCGACUAGUUCGAGCCAUUCCGGCGGCCGCCACAGCUAUGGCUCAACCAACAAUGCGCUCUCUGGCUACCAGCAUCAGUACCAGGCUUCAUCGCCCCCGACGUCUUCUCAUUCCAGUUACAAUCCCCAAGCCUUUGCUCGGACGCCGUCGACGGCCUCGACGUCUCUGCCAUACCACCCAGCUCCCCCGAGCCGGUAUGGGUCCGCCGCUUCGCCAACCUCAUACACGGCUCCUCCCCCCUCCAACUAUACCCCGGCGGCAUACAACCCGGCCGCCUACGCGAGCACAGCAGCCCCUCAGCGGCAGCCGACGUAUUCCGGCUACAAUAACUACAGUCAAGGCUACGGUUCUCCGACUGCCGUCCAUUCCUCUUCGGGGUUUGGCCAGUCGCCAGCUUCUUCGUACCAGUCCACGUUCCAAUCCGUACAGGCGCCUUCAUCCGCGUCGGCCUACGAAUCAUCCUACUCUCAAUCCUACAGUAACAGUUACAACUCGUACCCAACGAACGGCACGGGUCCCGCAGCACCGUAUCCGUCGGACGACUUGCAGACACCGUAUCCGAUCCAGUCGUCGAUGCCCGUCGGACCAGGCUACACAGAUCCAUCGGCCUUUUACAGUAGACCACCGCGAUCCGACUCAGCGGCGUCUCCGGUCUCGUCACCGCAGAUUCAACAGCAACACUCGCCAGGCCUGCAACGCCAUCCCACAAACGCCCCUUUACCCAGCCGACCGAUGAACGAACACACCUGGGACCCGAGCGCCAUCACUCCCACAGACGAGGACCAAGCUCAGCUACAAGACAACAUAAUACAAGACAUCGAGGCUGAGUUGGGUGGCCGGCACCGUCCUCUUCCGAUUAACGGCGGACAGUUCUCCGAUGACGAGCUGCAAGGCCUACGAAGAUACAACUCGGACUUGGCCAACACGAACAUGUCGCAUUCCUCGGCUGCGUCCAACGCCAACAGGGCUCCGAUUCCCACCUUCGAUUACGAUGAUGACGAUGACGACCCAGAAGGAACUGCAGGAGUUCUGGCUAUGCAACAGGCGGAACUAGACGACAGGAGAUUCAGCAGCUUGCCACCUUUUAUCCCGCACGAUCUCCCAGCCCCCUCGAACCACCUUCCGCCGCCACCUGAGGAGCAGAGCGACGAUACCGACUACGGCGGCAUGGAUCUGGGUGCGCUUGCUGGCGGUUAUGCCGGGAGCCUGGCCUAUGGCAACGAGGUGCCAAUUCAGGACGGAUCCCGGCCGCUACCGAACCCCAACGAUUACGCCGGAGCAUCCCCGUUCACGGAUGCGGGGGUCGACUAUGGUGGCACCGGCGGCUUGCAGGCUCCUUCCGCUCACCGACUGAGCUUUGAUGAGGGCGAUGAGCCGGCGUCUCUCCACUCGAAACAGAGCGGCAGCGAGUCACCCUAUAAGGAAGACUACCCGGAUAUCUUCUACCACCCUGGAUUGUCAAACAGGCCGCUCCCAGCCCUUCCUGGUGGCCCGGAAAGCGAUUCAAGCUCUUUGCUCUCUGUCCACCCCACAACCCGCAGCCAUCAUGCCCACUCACUUAGCACUGACUCACGAACCCUUCACGACGGCGGCUCUGACUACCACGGCGGCUCGACGGGCCUCAACUCACCCUUUCCGGAGCGUUCUAUAUCCCUAUCGAGCCACAGCCACACCCCGCAGGUGCAGGCACCGGUCCGGUCACGAACAGAUGCGGCGGAAGAGCGGAGGAAGAUGGCCAGAUACCAGACCCAGCAACAGCAGCUCGCGGCGCAAAAUGGACUGCCGUACGACGGCUACGAGUCUGGGACGCCAUCUUCGAUGACGUAUGAUAUGAUCACACUGCCCAGCGGCCGGAAGAGGAAGUUUGUUCCAUCAAAACUCACGUCUGGUGAUCUCAGAAGGUGCUCUGAGCCGUGGGCUUUGAGUGGAAUCGCGGCCUGGAUUCGCGAGAUGGCCGAUGGAGAGCCAGAUUUGAAACAAAAGACUGUUGAGGAGGCACUACUCAAGCUGUUCACAGCCAAGGUCCCCACCAUUAACGUUGCUGAUGCUGAGCUUCUCAGUGCCCUCGUGUCGCAGCUCAUGUUGGACGCCGGAGUUCUCGUUCCCGAGGAAGAAUGGGUCAAGUUCGGCAAUGGCACUGUGUCUGGAGUCUUGCCGCAACUGACGGGCUCUGGCUGCUAUGCACCGAAGCUCCACGAGGACGAUUCUCAGUCGGGGCGCUGCUACUCUCACCAGUGCAUGAGGACGUUGAAGAAGGCCAACCUGGACGAGAUGCUUCUCGAAGAAGCCAAGCCGGCCGACUGGAACGUGCACUACAAGAUCCAAGAAGCCGAACUUGCCGAAAAGCCGAAGAAGGAAAUAGAGCGCCAGCACGUGUUGCACGAAAUCGUGAACAGUGAGGAAUACUUCAUCAGUCAGCUCGAGGUUCUACGGGUCUUGUACCGAGACCAUUUGCGGAACAGCCAGCCUCCCAUCAUCCCACCCAACAAGAUUGAUAAGUUCCUUCAGAUUGUGUUUGGCAAGGCUGAUGCUGUUCAACUCGUCAACAAGGACAACCUUUUGGCGCAGUUGAAGUACCGUCAACAGGAACAAGGGCCGUGGAUCACGGGAUUCUCCGACCUCUUCCGCGAGUGGAUUCGAAAGGCCAAGGAUGUGUACAUCGACUAUGCAUCUCAGUUCCCCUACGCCGAGUACAUGGUGCGCAAGGAGUCUGAUCGCAACCUCCUCUUCCGCACCUUUCUCGAGCAAGUCAUGAGGCACAAGCGCUCCGAGCGCCUGGGAUGGCAGCAUUUCCUCAAGACACCCAUCACGCGGUUACAGCGAUACUCGCUCCUGCUUGAGACCGUCGAGAAGAAGACGCUGCGGGACGACGAAGAGAAGGCCAAUUUGGCAAGAGCAAUCGCAGAGAUUCGCAACGUCACAAUGGAGUGCGACACCAAGGUCGCCGAGAUGCAGAAGAAGGUGGAGAUGAUGGAGCUCAACAACAUGCUCGUCCUUAGGCCAGGGUUUCACUCGGUCCUCAACCUUGACCAUCUUGGCCGGGAGCUCAUUAAACAGGGUGAUUUGCAGAGAAUGGGUUCCAAGGGUGUCAGAUGGGUUGACACGCAUGCGUUGCUGUUUGAUCACUACUUUAUCCUCGCAAAGGUGGUGACUCCCAAAGACGUCCGAGGAGAGAAGAAGUUUGACGUGUCGAAAGAACCCAUCCCCAUGCCUUUGCUCUUCCUUGACACCAUGAACGAUGACCCAAUCUCGAAGCAGAAGGGCAUAACUGCCCCGUUAGCCCGGACGGGAGGCGGUUCAGAUACUAGACUGAACAAGGUCGCCACCAACGGUACUGAUCGCCCCGGCUUGGAGCAUGUUGCGACCAGCUCGUCGAUAGCCUCAUCUACGACGGCCAGGCUCACGCCGACCAUGUCCAACGAUCCCGAGGGUAAGAUCCUCUAUCCUUUCAAGAUCAAGCAUCUGGGCCACGAGACGUACAUUCUGUACGCCACAUCAGCCCAGAGCCGGGCGGAAUGGGUGGAGAAGAUCAUCGAAGCCAAGACGAGGCAUGCGAAGGCGCUGCACUCGCAAAAUGCCGAGCCCUUCCGCCUUCGUGUGCUUGCAGACAGCGCGUUCGUUUAUGAUGCGGCGGCAGCUAUUGGCAGACAACCAGGCGUUCCCAUCCGGGGCACCCCUCUUGACCGAGCAGUCCGUGAGAUCGAGGAGGUUUACGGGCCUGGUAGAGGGCCCGCUCCGGUUUGCAGGGCACAAGUCAACUGCGCUUGCGGCUUCAAUGCAUUCGGAAAGUCCAUCAUCGCCAUUGGAACGGACUACGGCGUGUUUAUCUCGGAUGCCACGAAUCCUCGUGGUUGGAUGAAGAGCGUGCAAACAACGAGAGUGACGCAAAUCGCCGUCCUCGAAGAGUUUUCUGUCUGCCUCAUUAUUGCAGACCGAUCCCUCGUCGCUUAUCCGCUGGAUGUGGUGGCACCAGUGUCGAACUUCCCCGCGCCGGCCCACGACAACCCGCGACGGGCGCCUCAGAGGCUGGCAAAGGACGUGGCUUUCUUCGCCACGGCGCGCAUGAAGGAGCGUAUGCUGGUCUUUUUCAAGCGGAAAGAAGGCAUGCACAACACGUUCAAGGUCCUCGAACCCGUCUUCCAGAAGGCAACCGAGAAGAGGCCUAGGAUCUUUGGCGGCCGCAAGGGCCCGGGAGGCAGCACCGAUUCGUUCCGCGACUACGACGAGUUCUACCUCCCGACAGAGUGCUACUCGCUCAACCUCUUCCAGAGCUACAUUGCGGUUUCUACCGCAAAGGGGUUCGAACUGCUGACCCUCGACAAGAAGCAGACGAUGUCGAUUCCUGACCUGAAGCAGCCGGCCAUCGCCAACAUCGCAGGCCGAAUUCGGGAUCAGAGACCGCUGGGCAUGUUCAAGCUGAACGACCAGGAGUUCUUGCUAGCAUAUGAAGACUGCGCUGUGUACGUCGAUAAACACGGCGACGUGAGCCGCACCCUCAUUAUGGAAUACUCGGGCAAGCAAAAGAAGGCGACGAGCGCCACCAUGUACGGCCAGUAUCUCCUCCUCUUCAACGGAGACUAUGUCGAGGUGCGAAACGCCGAGAACGGGCGCCUCCGACAGAUUAUCGCCGGCCGGGACGUGAAAUGCCUCGACUUUGGCGUCAGGGGCCCCACGGGCGGCAACUCGUCAAACACGCAGAGCUGGCUGAGCGGGCAAACCCCCGCGGGAGAAGACUCCAAAGGGACGGUCAAGAUCUCGAUGAGCCAUCCCGAGCAGCACGGCGUGCAGGUUGUGUUGGAGAUGCUCCUCAACGAUGGGCAUAUGGAGAAAUAGGGCUAGGCAAAGGGGCGGUGAUGACUGAUGAGAGGGACACUGUGUGCGUGCCCCACAAUUGGACAGAUGAGGGUUUCCAGCCCAUUUCUUUCCCAUUCUCCCACCUCCGGGUGGACGAUUCCCCAGUUGACGAAAGCAAGAGGUCGUGGAUACGUGAGAAGAAAGCUGCGCGGACCGCAAGGGCGUUUUGGGUCGAACGUGGGUCAUGGCCGGAAGGUUCUCUUUAUUUACGCGGGUUGGAAAGGAGGAGGGAGGGGAACCAACCGACCGGCAGGCGGCGGGACACGUCGGGUUUAUAAGUCGAUCCUAGGCCACGGCCAGGACGUCCCAUGUUUUCUUGUCUUUUGUUUCUUCUUUCCUAUUCUUGUUUUGUCUUCUUUAUAUACUCAGCGAGGGUCCUGCUUGCAGAAACGGCGGGGGCCAUCGUUCUCUCACACCAAGGAAUAUAACGAUUCCCACCUUUGAGAACUUCUUGUGUUAUUUCGGGGUCAUGAAUCAGCUAAGGCAUCUUGUAUAAGCGCGAGGUGGAAGCCCGGGCUUAUGGAGC